CUCUGUUUCGGUCGGUGUUUGGGGUUUAAUCAUCAAUUAAAUAGAGGCGGCGAGCUGGUAGGGGCUGUAACUCCCUAACUAUAUUUCGGGAUAAAAAUCAGAAAAUGCUGAAGAUACCGAACGCCUCGGUUCAAAGAGAGAAAGAGUUAACGUUUCCGGUCGAGGAUCUUCAGCAAAACGGACCAAGUUGCAGAGGAUGAGGUUCAAAGCGUAUCCAAAUACUUCAGAUAAACUGUUAAAUUCCUAACGUCUGCCGGUUCAGAUAAAGGUCACCGCAGUGAAGCUGGGCUGCUUUCUCCAUCACAAAUGCUGUCUGACCUAACAGAAGGAAGCUCUGAACAGCCAGAGAAAAGGCGUUUUGCACCGGGAGCUCGGUUUGUUCAGCAGCGAUUGAAAUCCAAAUCCGGCAACACCGGUGAAGGGAGAAGUGGAGUUAACGUCUCAAGGCGAAUAUGACUAGUUCAAAAUUGAAGGAAGUUAGAAAUGUUAUAGGAUUUAUGAAGUUGAAAGGGGACGGAGAGAACAAAAGAGCAAGCUUGGGAAAAGGAUAAUUCGCCAUCAGAAUGAACGAUAGUGAUGAUGAUAAUGACAUUCAGUUGUCAGCCCAUGCUUUGGCCGCCCUGCAAGAGUUCCAGCUGGAUCAGCAGAAGAAGCAAUAUGCAGGGCUCAAUAAUUAUGCUACUGGGUCUAUAGAAGAAGACUGGCAAUUAAGCCAGUUUUGGUAUAAUGAUGAAACUGCUCUACGGCUAGCCCAGGAAGUGAUUGAAGCUUCAGGAUAUAAUGGCAAAAUAGCUUGUAUCAGCACCCCAAGUGUAUUUCAGAAACUGAAGCAGCUUUGGAAUGGAGAAUUCUCUGCUAUUCUUUUGGAGUAUGACAGACGAUUUUCAGUUUAUGGAAAUGAGUUUGUUUUCUAUGACUAUAACAACCCUAUGAAUUUACAUGAAGAUCUCCAACCUCACAGUUGCGAUAUAGUGAUUGUUGACCCACCAUACCUCUCAGAAGAGUGUCUCAGCAAAAUAACAUUAACAGUCAAAUAUCUAACAAAAGGGAAGAUUCUUCUUUGUACUGGUGCAAUCGUGGAAGACCUAGCAGCAAAGUUGCUUUCUGUGAAAAUGUGCAAAUUUCUCCCAAAACACAAUCGGAAUUUAGCAAAUGAAUUUCGUUGUUACACCAAUUAUGAGUCCAAAUUAGAUUUGGAUUCUAUCUGUUAAAUAUUUAAAAAGGAAAAGGUAAUGACUGUAUCAUAUAUUAAUUGGAAAGAUUUUGAUUUGUAAAAGAAUUGUCACUGAAGUUAAGCCCAAAACAUUGAUGCAUUGCAGGAAGUUUAAGCUAAUUCACUAUCCAGAGCUUAUUUAUCCCGCAAAUUCAAACAUACUUUCAAUUUUUGUUUUCAGUUUGUAUGAAGAGAAAGAUUCAUUGGUGCAA